AUGGCGCUGGCGCGGCGGCUGCUCCGCCUUCGUCCCCACCUCGGCACGCUCCCGCUCCCAUCCCACCUCUUCGGGACUCGCACCUACAUCUCUGACAUGCGCCGCUCUGCCUUCGUCGACCGCCUCCUCCGCUCCGAGAUCUCCUCUCUCAAUAACUUCGCCCCACCACCGUCACCCCCACCCCCUACUCCAUUCACCGUCGAGGACCGCCCGGGCGAGCAGUGGGCCCGCCUGCGCCGCGUGUUCCCUGCGGCCGAGGGGGAGGAAGAGGAGGUCAGGGUGGACGCCACGUUGGUCGACGGCGCGCUCCCUCCCUCCCGCUCGGGCGCGGACACGGGCGGCCCGCCCAGGCUGCACAUCAGCGUCAAGGUCGAGGUCUCCAAGGCCGCGCGGCCUGGAAUGGCGCUCACCUUCGAGUGCUCCGCGUGGCCCGACGAGAUGGAGGUGCGGAGGGUCUUUCUCGUCCGCCGUGGUGGGCCUGCGCCAGUGCAGCAGUACGUCGGCCGCCAAUUCAGUGAGUUAGAUGAGGAAAUGCAAAGCGCGGUGCAAGAUUAUCUGGAGCAAAUUGGAGUGAAUGAUGACCUUGCUGCAUUUCUGCAUGCGUACAUGGAAAACAAGGAGCAUACUGAACUUAUCAGAUGGCUGAAAAACGUUGAGUGCCAUAUCAAAAAAUGA